AUGGCGGCGGGGCCGGAGGCGAAUGACGUUUUGGUCGAAACCAACCGGUCUGUGUUCAUUCUGGACGAUUUUUUCCGGAUCUCGAAGCACGGAUCUGCUGAUGUCUCUAGGUGGAACGGCACCAUUCGCUGUUCCGUCUCUCUUACCCUCACGACUUAUAUGCUCACGAACAUCGAAUCGGAUAUGCCGCAUACCAUUAAUACCAUGCCAUCCUCUACGACCCGUCAUGUCGAGAUAAAUGAUACCCCGUUUCCGCAAAGUUCUCCUGUGGACGAGAGUAUGCCGAUAUCAAGGGAACUACAGGGUGCAGAGCGCAUUCUUCCUGGCGAGCGCACCGUGCGGAGGAAGAAGAGUUCAUUUGACCUGCGCGACAUAUACCUCAGCGGCGGACCAGUUUAUGCCACCGAGUACGAUACGGAAUUCUGA